UUUCAGAUAUAAUUUAACAUUAGGGCUUAAUGCUUAGCAUAAUUUAGCAUUAAGCUUAAUGUUGAAGCAUUCUACGGAAGCAAAUUAUUAUUAUUGUUCAUAUUGAGGACAGAUUUGUCGAAAAUUUUAUUGCUAAAAUAACUGAUCACAACAAAAACGAGCGGAAAUGUCGAACAAUCGAAAAAUGUCGCUAUUUAGCCGUUGGAAACAGCAAACAAAUAAUGAACAAUUGGAAGGUGUUAGUGAAGAAGAAGCAAUCGAAUAUCGUGAAGCAUUCAGGUUAUUUGAUAAGGAUGGUAAUGGGUCGAUAUCAUCAAAAGAAUUAGGUGUGGCAAUGAGGACAUUAGGCCAAAAUCCAACCGAGCAAGAAUUAUUGGAUAUGAUCAAUGAGGUUGAUUUUGAUGGUAGUGGUAGCAUUGAAUUUCCCGAAUUUUGUCAAAUGAUGAAACGUAUGAAUAAGGAUAAUGAUAGUGAAAUGAUACGGGAAGCAUUUCGGGUAUUCGAUCGUGACGGUAACGGAUAUAUCACGGCGGAAGAAUUUAGAUAUUUCAUGACACAUAUGGGUGAACAAUUUAGUGAUGAGGAAGUAGACGAAAUGAUUGCGGAAGUUGAUAUCGAUGGUGAUGGACAGAUUAACUAUGAAGAAUUUGUACGAAUGAUGACAAGUACAUGAUAACAAGAAAUCUUAUCAGUUUAUUUUAUCAAUGAUAAAAUGCUUCGCAGUGUUUGGCAAAUUGAAUCACUGAAACAGGACAAAACAAAAUCGAUGUUGUAACUUCCUUAAAAUAACAUUUUUCAAUUUCAUGUUAAGAAGCAGCGAAUAUAGAAAUUAUUCAUGCUAAAAAUUAAAUUCAAAAAUCUUUACUUGAAACUUUACUUUUUCUAAUCGAAAAAGAAACACUUACGCUAUAUGUUUUGAAUUACUGUAAUUAUUGAUAAUCACUCCUUGAAAUUUG